UCUCAUUAUAUAUUUUUUUUCUUUUUCCAAACGAAAACCAAAAAGGUUGUCCACGAAGCCGUUACCUGCAGGAAGCCGCUUGAUGGGAAGCCCAUUCAUAACGAAACUCUUCGAUACAGGUGGAGUCACCUGAAGAACGAGGUAUCGUCACAGGAGGCAGUAGAAGGAGCCCCAGACGACCUCAUGGAAAUCCAAGAGUCAACGGCUUCGGACUCCGAGGACUCUUCCUCGGUUAUCGAUGUGGAGGCGCUGGCGCCGGUGCCCGUGGAGCUGCCGAGUGGUGACUCAGGCAUCUCUUUGGGCUUAAACGUGCAAGUUUCGCCAGAGGGGAGUCGGGAGGGACCUACCCCGCCCCAAAACAACGUCGUCGAGCCGGCGCCCUGCGCGCCUCAACCCGCCGGUGGCUUACAGUGCGCGCCGCAACCCGCCGGUGGCUUACAGUGCGCGCCUCAACCCGCCGGUGGUUUACAGUGCGCGCCGCAACCCGCCGGCGACUUGCAGUGCCCGCCUGGCCCAUGCGACGAGUACUGUGAGCCCAUAUUAGCCGCAUAUUGGGAGACCUUGGACCGGGAGGAGAGGCAGCUGCGGUUCCUAGAACAGCGCUACCAGCCCGAGCCAGUCAGCAACCCUCCUAUUUAUUCCAUCGCGCCCCUCGGUGAAGAGGCAAGCAUCCAUGACGACAGCAUAUGGAUGCGCCACUCGGCUUUGAAAGUUAUGUGGAGUCAAUGGAGGCCAGCGGCUCCAUCGGCGCAGGCACCUGUGACUUCCAGCUCUUCUCCGCCUACUUCUUCACUCUUCUAGCUGUGAGGAGUUGGCGGAGCUUGACCAACUAGUCAUAAGUGAGCUAUUGACGUGACAUUUGCCUGAACCGAUUUGGCCGACAUGAGGAGGGGAUUCCAGACCCCACGAGUCUACGAGUCAAGUUGGGUGACCCACCCAAAUUUGGCCGAUAUGAGGAGGGGAUUCCUGACCCCACGAGUGUUGGAGUCAAGUUGGGUAACCCACCCAAGUAAGUAGCUCUGAAAUAUUAUCAGUUCUAAAGUCAGAC